AUGUUACAUGUACACAGUAAGAUAGUGAGGAUCUUGAGACUAUGCUUGGCCGUUACAUUUAUCGGAGGGCUUUAUUUAAUUACAAAAUCGUUGACUUCUGGAUCUGAAACCACACUUAAAUCUGACAUCUUAGAUACAAAUAGGUUUCUUCAAUUCAAAACGAGUGGAAAAGAGUCUCUCGCUAAACACAUACAGAAUUCUGAAAGUCACGACUUGGUGAAGGACACAAUAGAUGAAAAGUUUCUCCGAGAAUUGGAUGAACAGACUAUGAAAUGCCCAGAUUAUACUGAAUACUCCAAGCAUAAACAUGCUCCCUUUUCUACGGGACAGCAUAACUUUCCAUAUAUGCGACCAGUUCCUAAAUGUCGAACGUUUGUAUCAAAUGCUGUGGAGAAGGUUAUAACAGACUUGAAAGAUAAAGUCCAGGACCCAGAUAUGGGAAGGUUGAUUGAAAAUUGUUUGCCUAAUACAUUGGAUACCACCAUCCUAUGGCACCAAAAUUCAGACUCUGAAGAACCACAGUCAUUUGUUGUAACAGGUGACAUUCAUGCUGAAUGGUUAAGGGAUGCAGCUAGACAAUUGUCCGUAUACCAGCCUUUCAUCAAGCAUGAUAAUUCUUUGAAGACAUUGAUAAGAGGCGCAAUAAACACUCAAGCGAAGUAUGUUAUAAAUUCUCCAUAUUGUAAUGCUUUCCAUCCUCCAAGAGGGUCGCAUGUAAAAAAAGGGAACUCCGCUAUUGACAAUGUUUACCCAAGGCCAGAUUGGAAGAGUGUUUUCGAAUGUAAGUACGAACUUGAUUCUUUGGCUUCAUUUUUGACCCUUUCAAACGAGUAUUUCGAUCAUUCAGAAGGGGAUGCAUCUUUUAUAACAAGCAGCUGGUUGAGGGCUUUCGAAAAACUUCUUAUCGUACUAAAACGGGAAUCGCAGCCGUCUUUCGAUGAUAAAACAGGACAAGCAUUGUCGUAUUAUUAUUCCUUUCAGAGGCAAACAAACAUAGGAUCCGAGACCCUACCGUUAGCUGGAGUUGGGAAUCCAGUGAACUUUGGGACUGGUUUAAUACGUAGCGCUUUCAGACCUAGUGAUGAUGCCACGAUUUUACAGUUUUUCAUCCCUGCUAACAUUCAUAUGUUAGUUGAACUUAAGAAAGCUCGCUCAUUUUACUUAAAUCAUAAACAUGUUAAGUCAAAUUCUGCUAACUCAAUGUUCGAGGUUGUGGAUACCUUCAUAGAGAACAUAUCUAUGGGAAUUGAAAAAUAUGGGAUCGUGCAACAUCCCGUAUAUGGAAAAGUAUAUGCCUACGAAGUUGAUGGAUAUGGAAGUGUUUUAUUCAUGGAUGAUGCGAACGUGCCGUCUUUGCUUUCAAUCCCCGACUUAGGGUAUUUGAGCGUCAACGAUGAAGUAUAUCAAAAUACUAGAAAAAUGAUUCUUUCAAAAUCUGGAAAUCCUUACUAUUUGGUUGGAAAAUAUUUUGAAGGUAUUGGUGGACCUCAUGUUGGUAUUUAUAAUGCUUGGCCGAUGUCUUUACUUAUUCAAAUCAGAACUACGGAUGAUGAUAAUGAGAUUAUGAAAAAUUUGAAAUUAAUCAUGGAUUCUACAGCGGGAUUUGGACUAAUGCACGAAAGUAUUCACGUCAAUUCAAGGUUAUAUGAUUAUACAAGAUCAUGGUUUGCUUGGUGUAAUUCUGAGUUCGGUAAGACUAUUUUACAUUUGGCCAAAUUUAAACCCCAUUUGAUUUUCAAGAAAGAAUUCUCCCAAAGUCCUUACAAUAUUGACAGCAUAUUAUCAAAUUUGAAAUAG